CACCGCAUGAAACAUAUUGGUUCAAGGAUAUCUCUUCAUUUUCAACAUAUUUUUCUACUGAGACUUUAUCAACAAGUUACUGCGCCUUUAUUACAGGGCUAUGUUGCCUGAGUGAAGGACUAUGGCAGCCCGCCUGGCUUUAAACUUUAAAUUUAGGCUGGAGAUGGAGAUGGAAAUGUAUGCCUGCUAGCUGGAACUGCCUGGGGAGCUAUUACAUCAGACGAAAUGACAAUGAUUAAAAUCUGCUUUUUGCCGCUCUAAAUCUAUUGAGAGACUGACAGUUGCCUGUUAGGUUUCCUUCACCCUCUAAAUCACAACUUCACACCGUUAAAGGGAACGGUCUACUUUUUUUGCCGGAAAAAAAUAAGAUAAGUUAUUAUAUCUGUGCAGUCAUAAUUUCGGGAACAGGGGGUAUCACGUUUUUCUUCCUUGAGAAAAUUGCCUGGGCGAGAGAGUGGAGUUGAGCUAAUUGUAGCCUAAUCCCUGGCCCAGAGGCGCUUGGGCAGCCCCGAGCAAGAAUUUUCUUUUUUAGCUCUGCUCUGUUAUUUAGAGACGGAUUAUUGGCUUUCUUCUUCUCAUAACAAACCACAGGGGCAGUUUCAUUUAGGCAAAAAGGCAGACAAGAAGCUGAAAUACGAAGCAGGAUUCCAACCAAGAGCGCACAUUUUUACGCGUAUCCAAAUAAGAGCAGAGAAGGGGAAGGAGAUCAUCUCAUCUAUGUUCAAGGAGGGAAGAAGCAUGUCACGGCUGUCUCUGACCCGGUCCCCGGUCUCUCCCCUGGCCGCUCAGGGGAUCCCUCUGCCGGCUCAGCUGACCAAGGCAAACGCCCCGGUGCACAUCGAUGUCGGGGGACACAUGUACACCAGCAGUCUGGCGACCCUCACCAAGUACCCAGACUCCAGAAUCAGUCGUCUGUUCAAUGGCACCGAGCCCAUCGUGUUGGACAGCUUGAAGCAGCACUACUUCAUAGAUCGGGACGGCGAGAUAUUCCGCUACAUUCUCAGUUUCCUCAGGACCAGCAAAUUGCUCCUUCCAGAUGACUUCAAGGACUUCCACUUGCUGUACGAGGAGGCGCGCUAUUACCAACUGACGCCCAUGAUCAAAGAGCUGGAGCGUUGGAAGCAGGAGCGCGAGCAACGACGGAUGGCGCAGCCCUGCGACUGCCUGGUGGUUCGUGUCACACCCGACCUGGGCGAGAGGAUCGCCCUGAGCGGGGAGAAGGUCCUCAUCGAGGAGAUCUUCCCUGAGACUGGAGACGUUAUGUGUAACUCAGUCAAUGCCGGCUGGAACCAGGACCCAACGCACGUCAUCCGCUUCCCCCUCAAUGGCUACUGCAGGCUCAACUCCGUCCAGGUUCUGGAGCGUCUUUUCCAGAAAGGUUUCAGUGUGGCGGCGUCAUGCGGAGGCGGCGUGGACUCGUCCCAAUUCAGCGAGUAUGUGUUGUGUCGCGAGGACAGGCGGAGUCUGUCCAUCAACACGCCCAUCAGGAUAAAACAGGAACCCCUGGACUAGAGCAUUCUGGGAGAGGGACUGUCAACAUCCCACAAUACUCCUUCCAUCUUCUCACACCACCCCACCCUGCCUACCCUUGCCCCCUCCCUGCCCUACCAGGACCACAACCGCCCCCAGCAUACCUAAGUAUUAGCAGAGGCUUGUUAACCUUGCCAGCCCUGCAGAACUCUAAGGGGAAUGUAGUACCAAACAAAGGGAAAAAAAGCAUCAGCAACAAAAGUUUUUGAUUAUGUUAAAUAACACCCAAAGAAUCUGGGACUGUGAUGAAAACAGCAACAACUACAAAUGGACUCAGCAGCAGCUCACUUGAACCAUUUUAGCACCAUGACUGGUUGAUUUUUCCCUCGUCUUCUUAAUUAAAAAAAAAAAAAAAAGGUGUCCUAACCCUUUUGGAGGGACACAACUGGCCCCCUCUUUGACCCCCAAUCCACCACUCCACUGAAAACACACACACACACGCACACACACACACACAAACACAAACACACACACCACCCCUCUACUCCUCCUUCAACAGUGUGUCAUCCAGUUCUGUGUCUGUAUGGAGUCCAUGUCUUGUCUGAUUGGCGACAAGUCUGGCCUGCUGUGGGACAAGAAAGCUUUGGCAGACAGGACGCUUUUAAGGAUGACAGGAAGAAGACGUAAUCUGAUUUUACGAAUCCCUCAAGAAGCCCAAGCCCCCGAGACCCCGCGACCCUCCAACCCUGUCCCACCCCAUCCCCACUGGCCUGGCUACAGAGACCAGGGCCUAGUCGAAAACAGCAUCGUUUGCCAAACUGAUUGUUUAUUACAAUUUUUCAUUGUUGUUUCUAAAGUAUGUUCUUCUUGCUCCUUUUGCUGUUCUUAUCAUGACAUGGUGUAAACAAUUAUUAUUAAUAGGAUUAUUUUUUAUGUCUCUUUUUUCCUUUCUCCAAUAUGAAGGAUGUAUGAACGUUGUAUUCAUUAGGCUUUGAGAGCUUGUGAGGGAGCAUUUCUUGGCAGUAGCUGCAGAAACUCAGAUGUCUCCAGGCUAUGUGGCUAAAGCGAUCUGGCUGGCAAUGCAUUCAGAGCCGGAAAAAGUCCCAUUGUUCAAAUGGGGAUGGAAGAGAACCUGGAUGUUUCAACAUUGUUUAUAGUCAAAUGUGCAGCACACAUAAAAAAAAGUGCUCUGGAAUUUGUGCUUAUUAGCUCUAAAACAUAUCUCAGGUCUCUGAUCGGCUUCUCUUACACGAGCACAAACAGUUGUUUGGUAUUUAGCAGAAACUUCGUAAGUCUUAAGAAAGUGCGAACAUUUAAAAUUCAGGUUGAAGUUGCACAUGCUCUAAGUGUAUUGCAGUCUGUUCUGUUGGAUUGGAAUGUUAAAGACUUGAGGACGAACAUGGAAAAGUGUCGUUUACCAGUAUGUCUCGUGUUCAGCAAGAGAUGUACUCUAAAUGCUUAAUGUUUCUUUGCACUUAAACAUUUCCUACAAGCUGUCCUGCCCUGUUCCCCCAAAACACUUGUUUGAUCCCAGUGACCAGUGCCAAAUCAAGCUGUUUAUCUUCUCAUGUUCUAGCAGACUAGCACACUAAAACAUUUAAAAACAGGAAAUAAAAAACUUUUAACAGAACAAAUACCGUAGGUACCAAAGUAGACAAGGUGCCUAUUUUAUUGAUUGUACAAACAUAAAGACGUCAUCUCUUUUUACAGAUUAUAGCUAAAGAGGACAAAAUGCAUUAUUCAGAGCUGUGUGAAGGGUACCAACAUUUGUUCCUCUAGGCCUCCAGUCUUGACGGUUUUGUUGAGAGCAGCUCACAGUACCUUCAGACCAAGUUUGAGAGACAAAGUCUCUGUUUGUUUCAGCAUUGUCACUUGUAUGCCAAGAUUAUUUCAGUGGUUCUACACAUGUAUGUAUGGUAGAACCCAAAGUGAACUGUACUCCUGGCAUCUGCGUGUUAUUCACAAAGAGGCAAGUGGGCGGCAUUUACUCUAUCCUGCUCUCAUUCUUUUGGUCUUAUUCUCAACAUUUCUGGAUCAAAGACAGAAACAAGAAAGGCCAAGUUUUCAUGCUUUAUAUCUGUGUGUAACUUACAGAUGCUGUUUCUUCCAUUACAAAAGACUGAGAAAAACACAGAAGCUCAUUCUGAUCUUUGUGGGCGCUGGCAGUUGUUUGAGUUAAACUGGGGUUGUUUUUAUAAACUAGUUGUUCAUUAAAAAUGGGCGGUAGUUCUUCUGACCAUGUUGUCCUAAUAUCUGUCCUAAUACCGGCCGCUGAUUAAAAAAGGCCAACGACUGGAUAAAGAUGAGCUCAGUGUAAGUGUAGCUCCCAGUCCUGUGCAGUCCUCCCCUGGGGGUCUCUCUCACAAUCAAGCCCAUCUUUGUUCUGACCUGCCAGUGGCCUGCGCCUUUGCAUACAGUCGCCUCAAAGGGAAUGGUCAACCAGGCCUUUCAUGUGCCGAGGCAUGUUGGGCUCUUCACAGUGCUCCUCACCCCCCUCCGCCUCCCCGAAGGCUCCCAGCUCAGUGGUGCCAGUAGAAACUCGGGUUGCACCCCCUGCUGCUGUGUCAUCCCCAUGCCCUGGUUUUCAAAACGCCCUCCUACGCUGUGGCUCGCUGGACCACACCGCAACAAGCCAAACAAACUGAUGAGUCAAAUCUGAGCAUAUUCAGAACGUACUGUACAGCCAGGCGACUUGUCCCUGCUGCUGAGCCCAAGAUCUUUCAUCCAGUUGCUAUGAGGUGUGGAAACUUAUCUGGGUUAGUCCUUGAGAACGCUGGGGUAAAAACAAUCCAUGCUAUACUAAAACCUCACAUGUGUAAGAAUUACUUUUUUUAAGGGUGGAGGGAACUAAGGCAUAUUUUCUUACCCACGUGGCAUUUUGACAUCACAGAAUGGGCUUGGGUCAUGCAUUUGUGAAUAAAAUACAUAAGUGACUGUUCAAACUUACACAUAAAGUCAGAAAAAGGAACAUAGAUUGCAGGUAUGGGUUUCUCUGCCUGCAGUAACCAAACCGUGGAUGCCCCUUUCGACUCAGCGUAUAAAUGGCAGGCUAACUACAGAGCUAGUCAAACUCGACAGGACUGGAAACUUCCUAGACAUGUUCACGCACGCCACCCUUUUCAGAUGGUACUGGUCAGUGUUCAGCCAGUUCACAUGGCAUUCACUCCACCUCUGAGGCAGGUCAGUUGUACAGUUAUUGUAUAUUGAAUUAUCAGGACUCUGGGUUUUACAGGACCCUCGUGUUUUUAAGAGACCUCUUAGUCCUCUUCACGAAAAGAAUGAAAAGAAUUCAAAGCAUUACAUUGUGUACAUAUGGAUUAAAACAUUUCAAAGGGUAUAAUAAGGUGCAAAUGUAUAUUAUUUAAAGUGUUUAAAACAAUUAGACUGUGGUAUUAAAGGGCAUGUGUUCAUUUACAGUGUCUCCAUUUGACUUUUCUUGCAUAUUUGCGAUAAUAAAAGG